GGGGGGGUCCUCCGCAGAGGCGGCUACUUGAGUGCCUGCGCGGGUCCUGGCUUGACAUUGAUCCGGCCGCCAUGUCGCAGCAGCAGCAACAGCCUCAGCAGCCCCGCGCCCCUCCGGCCGCCUCCGCCGCCUCCAACCCGGGCUUGAUUGGCUUCCUCCGCCACCAAGUCACACAUCGGCCCAGCCUUAUUCCGCUUUUCCUAAUCAUGGGUACUGCGGUGGCCGGUGCUGGACUCUAUUUGAUGCGUCUGGCUCUCCUCUGCCCCGAAGUCAGAUGGGAUAAGAAGAAUAACCCAGAGCCAUGGAACAACCUUGAUCCCACUCACCGUUACAAGUUCUUUGCCGUCAACAUGGACUACAGCAAGCUGCAGAAAGACCGUCCUGACUUCUAAAACGAGGCGGGUUUCGUGACUGUCCUUGCAGAAGCUGUCCAGCAAAGGUCCUCCAGAAGCUGACCGCACAAACCCUAUACACCCGUCACAAUCCUUGAAAUAUGAUUUUUGUGUGCAUCGCCUUGAAAAAUAAUGUGUUGGAGACGUGCAUGCUUAAAAUUAAUAAACAAACCACUUGAAAAAUUAAA